UCGGGCAGUCUGGCCAAUCAGCGCUGUCAGCGGCCAGCCGGGCUCCUCCUGGUCAGCUAGCUCUGGGCUGGUUUCUGCACUGCUAGCCUGGAGCCACCCUGGACGGGGCGCACUUGCUGGGCGCGCAGGGCUGUCUGCACCCUCUGGGAUCUGGCUGGGACAAUGUUUCUUCUUUAAGACACGGCGCUUCCCACGGUAGCUUUGGCUUCUCUUUGCAGCAGCACCGGAACUUUCCCCACUUUCGGCCGUACUAAGAGGGUGAUGGGCGCAAGUCGCCAGCUGAGCAUCCUUUGGUUUCAGUGCUGUGAUCGGCGCUUCACUCUGGACUCCCGGAUCUGACUCGGCUGCUCUUUCUAGUCUAGAAAUGUAUAUUUACUGCCUGAAAUGACUCCAAUUGCCCAGCUGUGAGCCACAGUAUUUCAUAAAUGAUUAACAUUAAGUGGAGGAAUCCUCGCCCCGUUUCUUCGCCAGCAUUCCACGGGAAGGAACUCAAGACAGGUCCUCCAAGCCCAAGAAGUUUUGGGGGGCUGCAGAGAUGAUUGGUCCCAGUUACAAAGGGACAUUCACGGUCACUCUCCAGGACCUUCUUGAGUAACAGUGUUUGACUGGAACCAUAUACUGUGAACUCUCCAAGGAUGAGAGUCUGUGCUAAGUGGGUGCUGCUGUCACGCUGGCUGGUUCUGACCUAUGUGUUAAUGGUCUGCUGUAAGCUGAUGUCCGCCUCGAGCCAGCACCUCCGGGGACAUGCAGGUCACCACCUGAUCAAGCCAGGUACCUGCGAGGUGGUCGCCGUGCACCGCUGCUGCAAUAAGAACCGCAUAGAGGAGCGCUCUCAGACGGUCAAAUGUUCCUGCUUCCCAGGCCAGGUGGCUGGCACAACUCGGGCACAGCCUUCUUGUGUUGAAGCUGCCAUUGUGAUUGAGAAGUGGUGGUGCCACAUGAAUCCUUGCUUGGAAGGAGAGGACUGUAAAGUGCUUCCAGACUCUUCGGGUUGGUCCUGUAGCAGUGGCAAUAAAGUCAAAACCACCAAGGUGACCCGGUAGCAGACACAAAAGUGUUUUGACCCCGAGGGGCAUCGGGACGCAGAGCUGUGCUGUGUGGAUUACCAGACUAGUGAGAACUCACUCACCUUGGAACUUGCUCAGAAGUUCAUAGCCAAAAUAUGUGCAGUGUGGAAGGUGGCAUUUACGUGGCUGUUCCCGUUUGUCUGCUUUGUGAUCUCAUCACACUGAACUACAGCUUAGGUGGCCACUCAACUGAGGUGUUACCUGGAUCUCAAAAGGAGCCUGCCUAGCACAAGAAAUGCUGGAGAGGACAUCGGAGGUGCUAAUGUGGAUGGAGCAGCGCUGGGAGAACCUGGAUCUUCUUGUUCUCCUUUUCCCAAGGAACAUGGACAGAAGUACAAAAGGACCCAGGCCGAUCCUCUUUUAAAUGUGUCCCUUAGCCAUUAUACAGAAGGCAUGAAAGCAGUCUAAGUGACAGAAGAUUUGGCUCAUAUACGUGUGUUCUAGAUUAAAGAAUUUGAAUUAUCUGGUGCAAGAAAUUAACUUUAUGAACCUUGGAGAAUGGAAGGACUCAUUGGGUUACUAUGUGCACAUUUGUAUUUUUUACUUUUGAUAAUUUGACAUGUUUAUCUUCUUAGUUCCAUUCCUACGUUAGCAGAGAUGUAGCAGAAGCUUUGUAAUCCUGGUACACUGGUGGCUGAGUUCUAUGGAAAGCAGAGUAGCACCAGAGGUUUACAACCAAAGCUUUCUCAUGGCAUAUUCACAAAAGAUCAUGUACCUGUUGGGACUUUUAUGGCUUGGGGUUAAUGAGAUAGGAGAAUCAUUUAAGACAGAGGACAGUCUCUGUUUAGAGGAAGGGUGAUUUCUUAGAUCUACUUUAUGGGAAUAUUUUUAUUAUCUCCGAGAAGAAGUCUUUAAAUGCUAACUAUUCACAUGACAGUUGACGCAAGCCUAACAGAGUCCCUUCUGUACCCGUUUGUUCGGUUUCUUACUUCUUUAAAUGUUAAGUAAAACCUCAGUCAUCUUGCCUCCAAUUUCAGUGAUUUCACAGACACUGCCAUGCAGAAACAUAAGAAACAAAGAGACACUGGCCCAGGUUUGAAAUGAUGUUAUUCAUGUACACACAUCUGUAAUGUGGGAUUGAUUGUAUGUAUUAAGAAAUGUUGACAGUAUACUUGCUGCGCCAACUGUCUGUCCUUUUGCAAUUACAAAGAAACAUAGGUUCUAUUAUGUUGUCUACAGUGCUAUCAAUUAUUUGAUUUUCUUGCAGAAGAAGUGGGAAUGGGUGCUACCUGUUUAUAGGUUAAACUUUGGUUUGAACUUGGCUGACUGGGUGUCUACUGGAAUAGUUAUUCUCAUAUGACUAAGUAAAAUAUCACUCUGUUGAUGACAUA